AUGGAGAACGCCGAUAGCACGGAGGAGGAGAAGCCGACCGUAGGCAACGACAGCACGGACAAUGGCACGGAAAUGGCGAUGGAGGAGCAGCCCAUGGACUUCAGUACAGAAAUCAUGAGUGUAACUGAGAUGGAACAGUCACCCGACAGUUCCCCUGGCUUGAACGAAGAGAACACAGAGGAGGGUGAAAUCCCGAGUAUUGAAGGUUUACAGACGUCGGAUAUUGAGGCUGGCUUCCCUCUGGAUUUUGACAAGUUCUGGAAAGUAGUAGAGGACAAUCCCCAGGAUUUCACAGGAUGGGUUUAUCUACUACAGUACGUAGAGCAGGAGAACCACUUGCCGGCUGCCAGGAAAGCCUUUGACAGGUUCUUCACGCAUUAUCCAUAUUGCUAUGGGUAUUGGAAAAAGUACGCAGACCUGGAAAAGCGACACGACAACGUCAAACAGUCGGAUGAGGUUUAUCGCAGAGGGCUUCAGGCAAUUCCUCUUAGUGUUGAUCUUUGGAUACACUAUAUAAACUUCUUAAAGGAGACCUUGGACCCCACUGAUCCCGAAACUAACAGCACUAUCCGAGGAGCCUAUGAGCAUGCAGUGCUAGCUGCCGGGACAGAUUUCCGUUCUGACAGACUAUGGGAAAUGUAUAUAAACUGGGAAAACGAACAGGGAAACCUAAGGGAAGUCACAUCCAUAUAUGACCGCAUCCUUGGAAUUCCAACACAGCUCUACAGUCAUCAUUUCCAGAGGUUUAAGGAACACAUCCAGAACAACUUGCCUCGAGACUUCCUGACCACCGAGCAGUUUGUGCAGCUGCGCCGAGAACUGGCAUCUGUCAACGGCCACAGCGGGGAGGACGCGCAGCCGGGAGAGGACCUGCCCUGCGGUACCGAAGAUAUAACUGACCCCGCCAAGCUGGUCACUGAGAUAGAAAACAUGAGGCACAGAAUCAUCGAGAUCCACCAGGAGAUAUUUAACCACAAUGAACAUGAAGUCAGCAAGAGGUGGACGUUCGAAGAAGCGAUAAAGAGGCCUUACUUUCACGUAAAACCUCUGGAGAAAAUUCAGCUGAAAAACUGGAAAGAGUACUUAGAGUUUGAGAUAGAAAACGGCACUCACGAGCGAGUCGUGGUCCUCUUUGAAAGAUGUGUAAUUUCAUGUGCCCUCUAUGAGGACUUCUGGAUUAAGUAUGCCAAAUACAUGGAGAAUCAUAGUAUUGAAGGAGUGAGGCAUGUCUACAGCAGGGCUUGCACGAUACAUCUCCCCAAGAAACCAAUGGUUCACAUGCUGUGGGCGGCCUUUGAGGAACAGCAGGGCAACAUCGAUGAGGCCAGAAGGAUCUUGAAAACGUUCGAAGAGUGUAUUCUAGGGCUAGCGAUGAUUCGCUUACGGAGAGUAAGCUUAGAACGCAGACACGGAAACAUGGAGGAGGCCGAACUCCUGCUUGAAGAGGCCGUUCGGAACGCCAAGUCCAUUAGCGAGUCGUCGUUUUACGCCAUCAAGUUAGCCCGACACCUCUUCAAAGUGCAGAAAAAUCUUCCAAAGGCAAGAAAAGUGCUGUCAGAAGCCAUAGAAAUCGACAAA